CCCGCCCCGCCAGCCCGCCCAGCCUGCGGGACGGCAGCGCCGCCGGAGCGUUGCCCUUUUAAGCUGUGGCCCCGCUCGCCUCCUCCCCGGCUCCCGGAGGGGCUCUGGCAGCCGGCACCGAGCGAGCGACACCGAGCGACCUCCGCGGGAGCGGAGCGGAGCCCCAGGGCGGCGGCGGGGCCGCGGCCACCGGGCUGCCCCCGCGCUGCCCCCGCUGCUCGGGGACCAUGGGAUGCUGCACCGGCCGCUGCACCCUCAUCUUCCUCUGCACUUUGCAGCUGCUGGCUGCUCUAGAGAGGCAAGUGUUCGACUUCCUGGGCUACCAGUGGGCCCCAAUCCUCGCCAACUUCCUGCACAUCAUCAUCGUCAUCCUGGGGCUCUUCGGCACCAUCCAGUACCGGCCCCGCUACAUCGUGGUGUAUGCCAUCUGGACUGCAGUCUGGGUCACCUGGAACAUCUUCAUCAUCUGCUUUUACUUAGAAGUGGGAGGGCUCUCAAAGGACAGCGAGCUCCUGACAUUCAACAUCUCCCGGCACCAGUCCUGGUGGAGUGAAAAUGGCCCUGGCUGUGUGAGGAAGGAGGCUCCAAUGUCUGGCAUCAAGGGGCUGGAUAACCAUUCCUACAUCUCUGUCAUCGGCUGUGCCCUGGAGUAUCGCUACAUCGAGGUCAUGCACAGCUCCUUCCAGAUCCUCAUCGCGCUGGUGGGCUUUGUGUACGCCUGUUACGUGGUUAGUGUUUUUACAGAAGAAGAAGACAGCUUUGAUUUCAUUGGGGGAUUUGAUCCAUUUCCUCUCUACCAUGUCAAUGAAAAACCCACCAACCUUUUGUUCAAGCAGACAUACCUGCCUGCGUAAGUGAAGGGGAGCCAGAGGAUGGAUGAACCUUGCACUCCACCAAAGGUGCUGCAGGAAACAGUCCCCUGGGGCCUGGAUCUUUGGCAGAGGAAAUGCAGGAUGGUGAACUCCACUCCAUUUUUUCGUUCCUGGUCUUCUUUUCAAACGCAAUGAAUGUACAUCAAAGAACAGCCACACAGUUGGUUUUUAAUCCUCCAAGUGCCCUGACGAACCUUUCCUACCACAGUCUGCUGGUACUGGCCCAGAAAUGGCCUAAAGACCUCUGGCAGAACAAGUUCACCAAGAGCCUCUCUCAAGAGCUGCAGUUGAAGCUGGAGCUGCUUCCUUGUGCCAUGGAUCCAGAAAGAAGGAAGCACUGUGUAAAACCCUGGGACAUGUCAUAUUUUCUGUAGUUAGUUUCCUCCCUUUUUUCUGAACAGAGCCUAAAUCCCCUAACACAACUUCAUCUCCUCCCUGCCUGCAUAAAAUGAGGUGGGGGCUCUUUACACUCCAGUUACUUAGGCAUUGUUGGGUUCUGAGUUAUAGGUGAGAACUUUUCCCUCCUUUGUGCCCCCCAGGCAGGACCCCCUUGCUCAGUCUCUGUAGGCAUGGCAGUAGGCUUUUGUCCUGGAGCUCAGUGUGGCCUGACUCCUGUAACGCUGAACAGCUGAAAACCACUGCAGCCAUCAGCUCUUCACUCAGCACGCAGCUUCACCCCACCUCCAACCAGCCCAGCCAUUCCUGGAGCAGCUGUAGCUUACUCUGGGUCUGCCCAGCUACAUUAAAUUAACCCUGGUGUAGCUGAAUCCUGCUGCAGGCCCUGGAAGAAGCCCAGUUCCUCAUGGAGCACAGGUGGGUUUGCACCUGCCUUCCUCACCUAGAGCCACACCUAUCCCAUGGUAACAGCCUGCUGGAAGAGUUUCAUUUGUGACAGGCUUUUUGAGGGGAGGGAAAGGGCUGAAGGGGGAAUGCAAGUGUAAUUAAGUUGCAUUAAUGAGCUGCAGCAGUUGAUUAAAGAGAAGAACAAAACCAAGUCAGUUUUGUUAGCUGUGUCUCCCAGCAUGUGAAGUGUCAAAAGCAGAGGAGGAGCAGUUGUCAGCCAGCCCUGGCAUAUUUGGGCUGAUACUUCAAGUGCUGUUGUAAUUCAUUACUGUUUUGCCUAAUUUGUUUGGGAUUACUUGGCAUUUUUUGAGAAAUGCUUUUCAGAAGGGUCAAGCUUGAAGCCAUGCUAGGGAGAAGUGUGAGGGAAGAAUUAAAAACAAAAAUAAAAACAUUAAGUGCUAAAUCAAA